ACGAGAGGAGAGGGAGAGAUGUGAAGAAGCAGAAAAAGUUGUGGAACUUGAGAACAGAGAUCACGUCUGUGGAAGUCUUUCAUCACUGUCUGUGUUAAAAGUUUGGACUUGCACAAUUUUAUUUUUAAUUGUGCACAAACUCCUCCACAGCGGAGCAACGAUGCAGCGCACCUGGCUCUACCUUCUGUCUGGCCUCAGCCUCAGUUUGGUGCUCCUCAGCAGAGCAGAGGAAGGUCUGGAGUUCCCUAACUUUGACGGGAAGGACAGGGUCCUGGACAUCAACGAGCGCAACUACAAGAAGGCCCUGAGGAGGUACGACCUGCUGUGCCUGUUCUACCACGAACCCGUGCCAGCCAGUAAGGGUCUGCAGAAGCGCUUCCAGAUGACUGAGCUGGUGCUGGAGCUCACAGCUCAAGUCCUGGAGAACAAAGACAUUGGUUUUGGGAUGGUGGACGCCCAGAGGGACGCCAAAGUAGCACAGAAACUUGGUUUGGAAGAGGUGGGCAGCUUGUACGUGUUUAAGGACGACCGGAUCAUUGAGUUUGACGGGGAGCUCUCAUCAGACACGCUGGUGGAAUUUCUUUUGGAUGUGCUGGAGGACCCGGUGGAAAUAAUCAACAACGCCAUGGAGCUGAGAGCCUUUGAGAGGAUGGAGGAAGACAUCCGCCUCAUCGGCUACUUCAAAGGGGAAGACUCAUACUUCCAAGCUUUUCAGGAGGCCUCGGAGAGAUUUCAACCCUACAUCAAGUUUUUUGCUACAUUUGAUAAGUCAGUGGCGAAACAUCUUUCCCUAAAGAUGAAUGAAGUAAACUUUUACGAGCCGUUCAUGGAGGAGCCAGCCAUUCUGCCAGGAAGACCAUUGACAGAGAUGGACAUUGUCGAGUUUGUCCACCAACACAGGAGGGCUACACUGAGGAAACUCCGGGCUGAGAACAUGUUCGAGGUUUGGGAGGACGAUAUGGAUGGAAUACACAUUGUUGCCUUUGCUGAGGAAGAAGAUCCAGAUGGGUACGAGUUUCUGGAGAUCCUGAAAGAUGUUGCCAGAGACAACACCAACAACCCAUAUCUCAGCAUCGUCUGGAUCGAUCCUGACGACUUCCCCUUGUUGACCACUUACUGGGAGAAAACCUUCAAGGUGGACCUGUUUAGACCACAGAUAGGUGUGGUCAAUGUCACUGAUGCUGACAGUGUUUGGUUGGACAUGUCAAAUGACGAGGACCUGCCCACGGCGGAGGACCUGGAGGACUGGAUCGAGGAUGUCUUGUCGGGGAGAGUGAACACAGAAGAUGACGACGAGUUUGCCGAUGACCCAGAAAAUGACCACUACAUCCUCGAGGAGAGCGAUGAAAAUCCAGACACAGAUGAAGAAGAUGACGGCGAUGAUUAAACCAUCUUGCUUAGUAAUCUAGUGGUUCAGAUGUGAGUUAAAGACAGAAUCGUUUAGAUAAAUAAACAGCUGAAACCUUUCUUAAAUGUUUAAAGGUGUGGAUGUAGUUAUUUAAAAAAUUCAAGCUAGAAUAGAUGGCUGUUUUAGAAGAUUCAUGUAAUGUCCGGAGAAUUGUGGUCUCAUUUAUCCGCUUAGCGCCUGAAGCUGUUAUUCUCCUCUACUGACCAAGGAUUUGUUCCUUUAACUCGGAGGCAACGAUGGAGCAGCAUCAUGAUGAAACUGGACCUUUGUACCAAAGCAAGAAGCUGUAACCUUCCACAAAGCUGAAAAGAACUGUUGGGUCAUCGUGUUCAGUUUGGAAGUAAAAUAAAUGUUCAGGC